UUGGUUUCCCCGCAAAAUGACGUCUAAGAAACGAGCGCAGAAAUUCCAUACUGAUGACGUGUCAUCACUACCCUGAUCUAGAUAGUGCCUCUGAUUGGUUGAAGUUACUUUCUCUCGCGGCACGGCUAAUCAGGAGCACUACGCAGAUCAAGAUAGUAACACGUCAUCAAUAUGGAAUUUUUACGCUCGUUCCUCAGACGUCAUUUUGCGGUGAAACCAGUGGUGGCGUCGCGAAAGGUCGGCUGUUUUCUAAGGCUUCUUUUAUGGAUUGGUAAGAUUUUGUUAUCGUCAUUUUGGUCCUGUUGCACUGACAUUGAUCGAAUCAGACAAAUACAGCGAGUCACAACCAAUAGUGGGUGUCAAGAAUUGUGUUUUACAGUGGCGCAAUUUUUAUUUUUAGAUUUAUUACUGGGGUGAAAGUCGGCUGAAUGUAAGACGCCGACGUGAAAUUCCUGCUUAUGCCUUGUCUGUAAGUGUCCCAGGAGGCACCACAACUUCGCAUACUGUAAAGAGUCUUACGCCUUACACUAACUACAACUUUGCCAUCACGGCUUACAACAGUGGUGGCGAAGGGCCGGCCAGUGACGAAGCCUUUGCAGCAACUGAUGAGGAUAGUAAGUUAUAGAUAGAGACCUUUAGAUGCUAGGACGAGAUUUAACCUUUACCACGCUCUAAACUACAGAAAGACACUGACAGGUCUCCAGCUUUCACCAAAGUAAUUUCUUGGAACAUUUGGUGGUUCAGAUUGGUUUGUGGUAUUCAAAAGUUUCCAUAUAAUUAUCGAAUCAUUGCUAAUAUUGUGCACCCAAAUGAUCCUAGAUAUCUUUGCACCGAAAGCUUAGUGAAUUUUUGCGUAAACUGUCCAUUAUCGUCAUUAUCAUCAUCAUCGUCCUCCUCCUCCUCCUCCUCAUCAUCAUCAUUAUUUUUAUUACUACAUAUAUUAGGAUCUAGUGUAAAAACUAUUGAAGUGUGUGGAAACUUCACCUUCCUCACAGUUUUUUUGUUUUUGUUGUUGUGUUGUUCAAUGUUUUUGUAAAAAGUUAGAUUUUUGCUUUAAUGGCACGUUGGAAAGUCAGUAGUGCCUUCGUUCAUCAUGGAAGUUAUAUAAUUUUCAUAGUUUCCGUAGUAGAAAAAAGAAACUUUUAGGACACUAACCAAGAUUUUUCAUUUUCGUUUGAAUCUGAUUUUUAUAGGUGUUCCUAAUCCGCCAACAAAUCUUGCCAUAACAAAUUAUUUUAACCGCAAUACAACCCUUUCCUGGGUCACUGGAGUAGCAAACAAUGCUUCCAUCACACAGUUUAUUAUUAGGAACCUUUAGCAUCACGUUUUUCAUGGGAAACUGCAAACCGCAAACCGCAAACCGCAAAAUGUCUCGUGACCACGGCCUUGCGGUCACGGUUGCAGUUUGCAGUUCACGUUUGAACCGCAGGAAGGGAUUCCAGCGGUAAGUGAUUUACGGCAAGGUUUUUUGCACAAAAAAUUGUACAGCCUCGCGUUUAAAGGUAUGAACUAGCUUUUUAUAUCCGUUUGCGAUGUGUUUGUUGGAUUUUUGAUCUCGAAUCAAUGAAUUAUUGCUGAGUUUUGGGCGAUUAAAGUGAUGCACUUCGACUUGAUGAAAACAACAUGGCGGCCCUAAACAAUGAACGCGUAGUUCAAAUCAAUUUUAUAUUCCUUUCUGCCGUACUAACAAAGGAAAGUAUUCUGUUCCAAUCCAAAGUUAAAUUUUUUUUUCUAUCUUGUCACUGAAUUCAUAACUUAAUUCAGUCUCUGUUUAAUUUCUUUUUCAACGUAUCACUCCGCGAAUUUCAUUUUAUUUUGCUUAUUUCUUAAUUGAGACUGGGGAGCCCAGGCUUCAUAAAGCCUUAUGGUUUCUUCUGGGCUCCCUUGCAACGUUACAAUCCCUAUAUGUAUUCUUGUAUUGUAUUAUAUUUUGGCUAAAUAAAAUGAACUGAACUGAACUGAACGCCUUGCUAAAGUUUGAAAUCUCAGCAACGCGAAAUUGCAAACGCGUAACUGCGGUUUGUGGUUUGCGGUUUGCGGUUUACCUGACGCUAAAGGUCUCUAUUGAGCAGAAAUCUUCGUACGAGCCCAACGUGUUUUAUAUCAUUCAAAAUGUCAUAAACCUUAAUGCAGCAUCCUUUACCUUUAAUCUGACCGGAUGGGCGACCCUUCAUUUCCGUACCCUACUUCAAACCCCUAACCUAAAGGGUCAGAAGCCCUCCUCAGUCUGCCCUUUCACCCUCCACCAAUGCAGCAUAGUUAGACCCACCAGGAGGUGAAAAGCCCGGUCGUUUGAUUUCUAGACUCAGUUAUAAUGAGAUCAUUUGUCUUUCUAACUAUUUCAUCGUCCGGCGAAGUCCUUUACCAGUCAAAUGAAACCCCUUCGGCAUAAAUUUUUAAUAGUACUAUUUAGAAAUUUGUGAAAUUUUCGGUGGUCGACUGUAUUAGGAGUCAAUGCAUCGUACAUGCAUGCCUUUGUGUGCAAAACAUAACCCUUACAUUAUUUGUAACCUUUAAGAAGGCGUGCUCGCCUUUGCUACUGUUAUAAUUUGUGCCAUACAGCCAGGUUUUCAAGUAGUAUAUCAAGUAUGAGACGCAGUGUUUCAUCACCAGAUGAAACACUGCGAGGGGAGUUGAAAAUACGACGCACAGCGGAGUAUUUUUCACGAACCUCGAGGUGUUUCAUCCGGUGAUGAAACACUGUGUCGAAUGCUUGAGAUUACUUCUCAAAUGAAUCAUUAAUGAGUUUGAGAAAUAAUCGUCCGGAUUGUCUCAAGCGCCCGAGGCAUCUCAACAUUUGUUCACGUGAUUGAGAUGGUCAUAUGCGAACACCUGUGACGCCAUGUGGGACGAUGGGACGAUUGGGCGAUCAGAAUCUUUUCUUUUUUAAGUUUACUUUGGUCACUUUUGGGAUUGAAAGGGUUUAGACACGCAAGCUUCACUAUCACGAUAAGUGUCAAGCCCGGAGAAAAGGUUCGCUCUUUUAAAAGUCAAUUAAAUUGUCAUUUCUUAUUCCUCCUUUUAGAACCUGGUCCACCAUCCGAAUUUAACGUCUAUGUUUUCGCAAAAUAUAUCCUGGUUACAUGGAAAGCUCCCGUGGAACCGAACGGCGUUGUUACAAAAUAUCGAGUGAGGUCGGCGCAGUACGAAGGUUCGCAGCCAAGCGACGAUCUUCAGGUAUCCUGGCAGGAAGUCGGGCCAGGCGUUUUUAGGAAGCUGCUGGACAAUAAGACGCCGGAGAGGAAUUAUGUUGUAGAAAUACAAGCACAGACAAGCAAAGGGUGGGGAGAUAAAGAAAGAAAGACAAAUCGAACUGUGGCAUAUGCUCGUAAGUAAUUUUUCAACAUUUUAUUGAUUAGUUCUGGAGUCACCUCUCUCAUUGCGGUAACCUCGCUGAGGGCUUAAAAAGGCCCUUGAAUUUUUACUCCAUGUCAGUUGUCUUAAUUACGUUUUAGUUACCAUCAAACUUGCCUGGCUCCUUUACCAUCUAGCAAGUGAGUAUGAAAUCUUUCUUGCCGGGAAGGAAAAUCUAAUGGUCCCAGACAUCCAGACGGGGCAUGCAUUCUUUGAGCCAUCCCCCCAUUAUGGAUAUCUUGAUAAUGGGGACAGCAGUUACAUCCUCGGUAAAACUGCAUUGCACUUUGAGGUGCUUUUCUUUGCCUUCACUUCACGACGAUGAUCCGCGAAAUUUGCUAAUGCGAGGCGCAACAAGCUCAGAAAUCCUCGCUGUUCCCACUAAUAAUGCGCCCUUUUAUUCUAGAGCGCGUGCAAUCCUUGCGCCUGCGUGUAUGUUAAUACUAAUGGCCACAAGUGGACUGUAGGGAAUCUUUCAGUUUGUUAUGAAUUGCUGUAAAAUGAUUAUUUUUUUCAGCUCCCGCCAAACCAGCAAGACCCACCGCUGAGGGAAACGCUGUGGAUAAAGUAAGAGUUACUUACAAAUUUGGCCUGGGUGGAAGCUACACGCAUGAGUUCUUGGUCAUGUAUCGAAGGAAGUGUAAGCAUUUUUAA